AUGCUAAAACCCCAACUUAACAUAACGGAUCCCAGCAUCUAUCGUGUUUCUACGGCCGAUCCAAUUCGACUCCUUCAUUUGGUCUCGAUUUCAAUACCGUACUGGAUUGAGAGAUUUCUACGGAUACGACCUAACUACGCUCUUCCUACGUCAUUUAUUCAGGAUUUGAUCAAUGUACGACUAUCCUGGACAAGUAUUCUCACUUUGGCUGCGUUAACGUUAAUAGUACAUUUUCUCAGAUCCAUAGUUACACGAUCAGCUCAAAUCUGGGUUGCUAGAAAUCACAUUUUUCCACGUUAUACAGAGAAAAUGCCGGAAUCUGUAUGGAAACUCAGCUAUUACGGUUUCUCAUGGCUUUUUUCAUUGUUCGUUCACAUUUUCAUUCCUAAUUUUAACUCUUUCAACGAUCCAUUGUCCAUAUGGACAGACUGGUCGGAAGGAGUGUCGCCGCCGAUACAUCCAACAAUUCUUUUCAUUUAUGGCAGCCAAGCUGCAUUUUACAUUCAUUCCAUCUAUGCUACGUUAUAUCUGGAUAUUUGGAGGAAAGACUCCUGGCUUAUGUUUGUUCAUCAUUUCAUAGCACUUUCAAUGCUUCUGCUCAGCUAUGUGGACAAUUUUACGCUGUGUGGAGCGUUGCUGCUGUUCCUGCAGGAUAGUUCGGAUGCACUGUUGGAGAUGGCUAAAAUUGGAAUGUACUUGAGAAGACGUAAAAAUGGAGACUACUACAAGCUCAUUGAUUUGGGUGGGAGUGCAGUAUUCGUGCUUUUUGCGGCGAAUUGGAUUCUAUGUCGCCUGUACUGGUAUCCAUGCAAACUACUCUACGCCACCAUAUACGGAGCAGUAUAUUUGGGUCCGCAAGAUGCACCGUUCUUUCCUGUUCUUGGCAUCAUGCUGAUUUUAAUUUACGCUAUGAACAUCUAUUGGUUUAACUUUAUUGCACGAAUGUUGUGGAGAGUGGCGACCACCGGCGAGGAACCUGAAGAUAAUCGUGAAUGGGACACCAGCGCAGUGACUGGACUGUCGAAACGUUCACUGGAUGCUAUGGCUGAGAAUAAGGAGAGGAAGAGGCAGUAA